AUGUGCAAACAGAUUCUUUUUAAUAAUACUGUGAAUACCUUUAUCCCUAAACCCGUUGAAGAACGAAUAUCCAGAGUAGAAGUCAACAUCAGCAAAAACAAUGUUGUGGAACACAAAGAGUCUGUGGUCCUCAGCUGCAGUUUCACUGGUACGCAUGAAACAGUACAGUGGAUCAAGGACAACAAAGCAAUUGAAAUAAAACCUGGAAUUGAGUUGUCAAAUAAUAAUCUGUCCUUACACAUACGCAAUGCUUCCAGAGAACAUAUUGUGAAAUACAGCUGUAAUGCCAGCAAUGCUAUUAGUUACAGUAUAAGUAACUCACAGCACCUAAAUGUAUACUAUUCUCAUCUUGAAAAUGGAAUCCUUUCUGCAGGAGCUAUUGUAGGGAUUUCUAUUGGGGUUGUGGUAAGCUUAGCUUUAAUUCUGACUGUUGGGGCAGUCCUGCUGAAGAAAUUCAGAAUGCCUGAUGAAAACAGAUCAAAUGCCAGUAAUGUCAGGACAUAUGAAAAUUUUAAUGUUUCAAAUGGACUGCCCAUAUAUGAGAAUCGCCUUCCAGAUGUACAUUGUCAGUUGUUGUUCAAUGCUAGUAAAAACUCUACUAUAGUCAUACUUAUACCUGCCAAAAUCUAA